UCAUUUUGCAGAUAUGGCUGACAGAGCUUCAUCCUUAAAGAUUGGAAUUGUGGGAUAUGGACAUUUGGGUCAAUUUCUUAUUGAGAAGAUCCAAAAAGAAGGGCCUGAGGUGGGUCUCCAGCUGGCAUAUGUUUGGAACCGAAAUCCAGAAAAACUUAAAGACUCAGUGCCCAAAGAUCUUAUUCUAAAUGACAUCUCAGAUUUCACACACAGGGAUGCUAAUGUAAUAGUGGAAGUGUGUCAUCCACAGAUAGUUAAAGACUUUGGGGCCAAAUUUCUGUCACAUGCUCACUUCCUGGUGGGCAGUCCAUCUGCACUCUCUGAACCCCAGCUUGAACAGGAACUCCGCACGGCUGCAAAGCAUCAUGGGAGAACACUCUAUAUACCCAGUGGUGCAUUAUGGGGUGGACAAGAUAUUCAAAGAAUGAAUGACAAUGGAACUUUGAAGGCGCUCUCCAUUCGAAUGUCUAAGCAUCCUUCUUGUUUCCGCCUGACUGGUGGUCUGCUCACUGAUUGGACAGAGGGAGAGGGGAGGUGUGUCUUGUUCCAUGGCUCAGUAGCAGAACUCUGCCCCAUUGCUCCAAACAAUGUGAACACCAUGGCGGCGGCAGCCAUAACCGCAUCAAAGUUGGGUUUCCAUGGGGUUACCGGAGAAAUAGUGUCAGACACUGCACUGGCUGACUAUCACAUUGUAGAAGUUGAAGCAACUGGUCCAGAUGGGUUCACAGUUAAAACGGUUCGAAAGAACCCAUCCAAACUGGGAGCUGUUACAGGCAAUGCCACGUACAAUUCAUUCUGGAGCAGUUUACUGGUUUGCAGGGGUCAUGGUGGGACAGUAUAUCUGUGCUGACUGGACUGCUGCAGACAUAAACACGCAUGUUUCUUUGGGUUAACUAAAGGAAACUAGUAGCAU